GUGGCCCCUCCUCUUCCGUUGUUUUUCUUCCGGGUUCAUCAUCGCAGCUGGAGGUGAGCCAUGCUGUGAGAGUGUCUGUUCAGCUCUGACCCGCAUCACACCGACUCUUCACCUGUGGCUGCUGUUCUCACAGAUAAUUCACAGACAAUGUUUGCCCUGACACUGAGGAGCUUUCAUCACACAAGGAAUUCAGCUCUUCCUCUUCAGAGACUCUUCUCGAAGAAGUCACUGCCAACUUUAACACUUUUUACCAAGGACCCAUGUCCACUGUGUGAUGAAGCCAAAGAAGUUCUUGAGCCAUACAAACACAGGUAUAUCUUCCAGCAGAUAGACAUCACCCUGCCAGAGAACAAGGUUUGGUAUGACAAAUACAAAUACGACAUCCCUGUCUUCCACCUGAACGGACAGUUCCUGAUGAAGCACCGAGUCAACACUUUCCUGCUGGAAAAACAGCUGGCCAAAGCAGAGGACGGAUGAUGAAGCUUUUCCUUUUGUGUAUUUAUUUAGAUUAGUCACUCAGAUUGAUGCACAUCCAGUCACUGUCCACAGAUUGUUAAGUAAAGGUGUGAUUUUAGUUUUAUUUGAGUUCAGGGGCCUUCCAAGGUUAAACCUACUGCCAUUUUUGGGCACAUUUCCUUUUGUUUAUUUAUAGAGAUCAUUCAAAUCAGUGCACCACAAGGCACUUGUACCAACCAUUGAGAGAUGUUUUAUUAAAUAAAGGUAUGUUUGUUUUUUUUAUGCAAGUUUAAUUUGAUUUCACAGGCUUCAGAUGGGUCGGCUGCUGCAGUUUGUUGAUAUGGUGCACACCUUAGCCAAAGUCCACUGAACUCACAGUUUUCCUGAUUGUAAUGGAGAGUAAAGAAACACCGUAAAUUAUUUGUGACAUCUAUCUGAGAUGAUAGUUCAGUGACCUAUACCUAAUAAUUUAUCACCAAAUAAUAAUACAUUGUAAAACCUUAGACAGAAAUUCAGUAGAUAAAAGGAGGUUUGUAAGUUUUGGUCGGAAAUGGAAGAGAUGUGUUUUUACUAUUAGUGUCAUUGUAUUGUUAUUGUCAUUUUUGCCUAAGAAAACCAAUAUAUUUAUAAUAACAGCUGACAUUCACCAAUGAUAGAUAUUAGGGCAGACAAGCCUUCAUGGGACACUGCAGGUUACCCUUACCUAAAACCAAUGCUUUAACGAAAACUGUAAUAUAUAGAGCCUUUAUGUCGAACUGGAACAAACUACUUCUCUAUUUAACCCAGAUUAUGAGUAAAACCAGUUAUAAAAACAAAUUAAUAACAGCAGCAACACUGGUAGUAUUGUACAGAUGAAUAUAUUUAUCUCACUAUCUGAUAUUUACUCUUGCUGCUGAGGUGACAUUGGGAGAACUUGGGAGAGAGAACUACUUUUUUUUAAUCUUUUUUUUUUUUUUUUUUUUUUUUUUUUCCCAAUUUAUAUUUGUUGAUUGCCCAAAAUAUGAUGUUUGACUUUUGUCUCUCUCUGUGUGUGGAGCCCCUUGAGGAAUGGUUAUUAUUGCGGUAAUAACUGAUGGAGAUCCUAACAUAUGUACAUAUAUAAAUAAAGGAAUGGUUGUUUUUUC